GAAAUACAGUGUUCGGUUCGCAGAAGAGGGGACAGAAGAAAUUUGCCGUUAAUUUUUCGCUCUUGUACCAUUGUCAUCGCCUGUGUGCCCCCUCCUGUGCGUUCAUCAGUCUUUCUAUCGUAGCGAACCCCCGUGUGAAGCGGCUGCGGUGGCUAAUUCUGCCGCACUACCUGUGAAGCCGGCCCGGGGUUAGUUAGGUUCUUCCAGACGGUGCUGCCUGCGGAAUCCGAACCGAACAUGCCCAGCUAACACCUCCCCAACCCCCCGCUCGCUUCUUUCUUGGGAGACGCCGUAAGAAGCCAGAAUGAAGAAGUACGUGGCGUUGUUCGGGUCCUGCAUGUUCCUCGUGGCGUUUUUCUCCAUGUAUCUCAUGCUGGACCAGCUCAACCUGCACGGGAGUCUGCGGAGCCGCGUGUCUAUGGAGAUGGGACAGACUGAACUAGACUUCAUCAAGGACAAAAUGGAGAACCUGGAAAUCGACAUCCACCACAACCAACAGAUUAUUGACGAGAUUCGAAACUCGGUCAAACAGAUCAUCGGCGGAGAGAACAUGUCUAAGUACAUCCCUGUCCAACGUAACAUGUCCCCACUGGUGGAGGAAGUACAGGACAGCCCUGUACAGGCCAAGAUUGAAACAGGGGACUGUUCAUUUGUUGAGAGGCAGGGGGAGCAUAGAGACGAUGUACAGAUGCUGGAUGUGUUAGACAUCUUACCGUUUGACAACCCUGAUGGAGGGGUGUGGAAGCAGGGCUUUGAUAUCCACUACACCGACAGGGACUGGGACAACCAGCCACUUAAAGUCUUUGUAGUGCCUCAUUCCCACAAUGACCCAGGUUGGAUCAAAACAGUGGACAGGUACUACCUGGAUCAGACCCAACACAUCCUGAACAACAUGGUGGACAAGUUGAAGGUCGACCCUCGGAGGAAGUUCAUCUGGGCCGAGAUCUCCUUCUUCUCCAUGUGGUGGGACAAUAUCGACGCUGAGAAGAAAGAAGCUGUCAAAAAGUUGGUGGAGAAUGGCCAGCUGGAGAUUGUGACAGGAGGCUGGGUGAUGAGUGAUGAGGCGAUCACACAUUACUACGCCAUGAUUGACCAGAUGAUUGAGGGUCAUGAAUGGAUCAAGAGAAAUCUGGGAGUGAAACCGAGGAGUGGUUGGGCGAUUGACCCAUUUGGCCACUCCCCUACGAUGGCGUACCUACUGAAGAGGAUGGGACUACAGAACAUGGUGGUACAGAGGGUUCACUACUCUGUCAAGAAACAACUAGCUAAGGAGAAACAACUGGAGUUCAUGUGGAGACAGAACUGGGACCAUGGAGCGAGUUCAGACAUGUUGUGUCACAUGAUGCCCUUCUACAGCUACGACGUUCCCCACACCUGUGGGCCUGACCCAAAGGUCUGCUGUCAGUUUGACUUCAAACGACUGCCUGGUGGUCGUGUCAACUGUCCCUGGAAAGUCCCGCCGGUACCCAUCAAUGACAACAACGUGGCAGAAAGGGCAAAGUUACUCUUGGACCAGUACAGAAAGAAGUCCAAACUGUACCGCAGUAACAUUGUGUUGAUACCACUGGGGGACGACUUCAGGUAUGACAAAGCCAUUGAGUGGGACCAACAGUAUGGCAACUACCAGAAACUGUUUGACUACAUGAAUAGUCAAACCAACUGGCACGUGGAGGCCCAGUUUGGCACCUUAUCGGACUACUUUGAUGCCAUGUGGGACCGUGCAGGCCUGCAGCCAGGCAGUCCAGGGCUGGGCUACCCUGUGCUGAGUGGGGACUUCUUCUCAUAUGCAGACAGGGAGGAUCACUACUGGAGCGGCUACUACACAUCCAGACCCUUCUAUAAGAACUUAGACAGGGUCUUAGAAGCACAUGCAAGAGCUGCUGAGAUUAUCUUCUCCCUGGCAUUGGCCCACUCCCGCCAUAUUGACGUGCCUAGCUUUCCUGCCAAAAAUGCCUACCAGAUGUUGAUUGGAGCCCGUAAGAGCCUGGGACUGUUCCAGCACCAUGAUGCCAUCACUGGAACUGCCAAGGACUUUGUGGUCGUGGAUUAUGGCACAAGACUGCUUCGCUCUAUCAUGGACAUGAAGAGGGUGAUGAUCGACUCCGCCCACUUUCUGAUGUCGGAGGACAAGACGCAAUAUGACCCCGAAACAACAACGACAUUCUUCGACAUGGAUGAGAAGAGGAUUAACCAUGAUGCCUUGCCAGAGAAACCCAUCCUACAACUGACUCACCAGACCAAGGAGGUUGUUUUCUACAACUCGGUUGCCCAAGCUAGACACGAGGUGGUCAGGUUAAGGGUCAGCUCGUCCACUGUGGAAGUCCAGGAUGCCAGCGGGAAGGUCAUCCCCAGUCAGACCAACCUGGUCUGGACUGCAGCACAGGACUCCUCCACCACAGAAUAUGAGCUUGUGUUCAUAGUGAAUGUUCCCCCACUGGGACUGAGUAAGUACCUGAUCCGAGAUGCAGGCAGCGAGGUCAACAACCCUUACAACGCCCCGUCACAGAUCACGCUGUAUAACACUGGGUCACCAGAUUCCUCCGUCAGGGGCGUGUUCCACAUCUCUCGCCCGAUCUCCGACAAUCGAGAUUUCACCAUUGAGAACUCCAGGCUCAGGGCCAAGUUCUCUGGCACCACAGGACUUCUUCAGUCGGUGACCACUGUGAAAGAUGGUAAGGAGACAGCUAUGUCGGUGGAGUUUCUCAUGUAUGGAACACGAGAGACCAAGAAAGACAAGAGUGGAGCUUACCUGUUUUUACCAGAUGGAGAAGCUAAGACCUUAGACACCAAUGGGAAAGCAGUGAUCAGGGUGAUCCGUGGGAAGAUCCUGUCUGAAGUCCAUGUCCUGAUGAAACAUGUGGAACAUGUCAUCACACUGCACAGGUCACCUGGAAUAGAUGGUUGGUCAUUGGAGAUCUCCAACAUUGUGGAUAUCCGUGACCAGAGGAACAGGGAACUGUGCAUGCGCCUCAAGACAGAUGUCAAAAAUAGCAACGAGUUCUUCAGUGACCUAAAUGGUUUCCAGAUGCAAAGGAGAAAGACGCUGUCCAAGUUGCCCCUGCAGGCUAACUAUUACCCCAUGUCCACCAUGGCCUACCUACAGGACCAGGACACACGGAUGACAAUACAUACAGCACAGUCACUCGGAGUGGGCAGCCUUCAGGAGGGCUGGUUGGAAGUAAUGCUGGAUAGGAGAUUAAACCAAGACGACAAUCGCGGCCUGCAACAGGGCUUGCUCGACAACAAACGUACGCCAAACCAGUUCCGCUUGCUUCUGGAACGUCGCCACCAAAGGACCUCUUCACCAAACGGUGGCAGCAGACAAACAGGGGUGGACUACCCCUCCUUAACUUCCCAUUCUGUCUCCCAACUUUUGAAUCACCCUGUAUAUGCCUUUAUACGGAACAAGCUUCCCGGGGAGGGGCCCGCGGGAGAUGUCAAACUGUCGGGGAGCGUGCAGCCCCUGGUGAAAGCCUUGCCUUGUGACAUACACUUUGUGAACCUGAGGACGGUACAGGCCAUGGACUCUCCCGCGCCCACGCAGGAAUCCGUCUUGCUGCUACAUAGGAAAGGGUUCGACUGCAGUUUCCCCGCAAAUGGACUAAGCUGCUCUACCAGUGGUGGAAAGGUUCAACUAGAAGAUCUGUUUAGGGACCUGGACUUGACAGACAUCAAAGCCACAUCAUUGUCCCUCAUGUACGACGGACAAGUCCUAAACAGUAAGGCAACCCUGCAGCUGGACCCUAUGGAAAUUAAUGCCUACCGGAUCAGGCUGGAUUAAAGCAGUUUCAACUGGAUUGAACCACUUUCAACUGGAUUGAACAACUUCAACUGGAUUGCUUGGUGGAAAGGGUUACUAUUCAUUCCUAAUCCUAGGGUGGCAUUUCUGCUGGAUUUUAAAGAAAAACGUGAACAUUUAAACUAUGGCAAUAGAAGUGAAUGUGAAUAUUAUAAAAAGGUAGAUUUGAUUUCUCUUGACAGCAGGCUGGUCCGAGAUAGGCCUGUAUCGUAGUCAGCUUUUCUACAGAAGAAGAUGCAAUUUUUAUGGCUGUCUAUCUAACAUGGGAAGAAAGAUUUGAUAUGAGCAUUCCAAAGGGGCGGGUUGUACUGGUUCUGUCUCUCAGGUAUUUAUAAGUACAUCGUCACUGCACCUUAUAGUAAUGAUGAAGGGGCUGUCUUCAAACUUUUUUUCCUCCAAACAAAAUUGUUUUACAGUGUUUCUUCAUUGACCACAACACCCCUCUGAAUCAAAAUAAGUUAUUCUGUAGCUUCUUAAAGCUUUGGGACAUUGGACUAGUCUACUUACUAGUAGAUCUGGAUGGGGGAUACAAAAAUUGAAUUUUGUUUGGAGGAAACCUGAAAGGAGAGGGGACCCAUCUCAUGGUGUUUUUAAAACAGGAAUUAAUGGGCUGUAAGAACCCUGGGUGUAGUACAUCAUCGUCAUAAGCAAUUUCUCCUUACAUUUGUUACUCUGUGCAGAUCUAAGUUAUGUACUAGUUAAUGUUAAUGUUAAUGCAGGCAUCAUAGCAAGGCAAUUUUAAAGGAGAAUAUUAAUCUGAUAUAUUACAUACAACAAAACAUAUUUUACUAGAAGCAUUUCAUGAAGUGGAAUUGGAAGACCUGCUUUCUGCCAUUUGCCACUUUUUCAUCACUUGCAGCAGACUGAGUUUGAAUGUCACAAUUAUAAGAGACAAUGAAAAUACCAUGAUUUGGACCUUAAACUAGAAUACAACGCAAUGAAAUCUUUUAUUGACUCAAACUUAUCAGAAAGGUAUAACCUUAUCAGUAGUUAAUAUUCUCAUGUGAACAAUUAUUUUACAGAAUAAAAAGAUAUAGUGCAGUAUAAUGUAGACUUUUUUUGCAGUAUAAUGUAUAAAAAGAAAGGAAAAACUUUGGAAGCACCACUUUGACUAGAAAUUUUGCUUCCUGGAUGCUCAGUAAAUAUGUGAUAUCUGGGCAUACAAAUGUGCAAUAGGCAAAAGGUAAAUGUUUGCUUUACAACAUGAAAUCAUUCCAGAUGAGCAUUUAUCCAACAGCAACCACUACCAAGCUUGAAAAGCAAAAUUACUUUCAUUUUGGUUUAGUUGUGCUUGUGGAACAUUUAUGUAUCCAAGGGGCAUUUCAGUCUUGUUUUAAGAGGAAAAUUUUGGUGUAUGUUCAUUUUCUUUGCAGCAUUUCUGUUGAAACAAAAAAAAUCUGCCUUCUGUUAAUAUGUACACACAUGUAUGUCAAGAAAGUUUGUGGCAAGACACUGAAGGUGGGCAGAUUUGUAUAUACUGGUGUAUUUAAUAAUCAGUUACUUCUAUAAUUCAAGUUUGCACCUAUGUUUGUUUGUGUGUGUGUGUGAUUUACAGUAAUUGUUUAUUUCUGCUUGUAUUACAUACUUUCAAGCACAUAGAAUUUAUGAUAAUACCAUGAAUUUAGAUUACUUGAUUAGCUUUAUCAAUUAGCUCAACAAAUGAUAUACAUAGGCAAAACAAGAGGAAUUAACUUUACAAUUACAUUUUCUGUUUUAAAAUUGUAUUACCUUUAACAAUGACAUACAUGUGCAGUGCAAGUUUGAAAACUUCCAAGUUUUCUGCUGUGCUUCUAGUUAUGUGUGACUUACGAAUGUGCUGCUGCUUUCUUUAUAAAAUUUGUGGAUAAAGCUAGCUUUAAAUUUGGUGCCAGGUUUCUUAAGUUUGUGGUUGUACAGUCAUAUAUUGCAUUCCAUGUUUUGAUAGAUCUGAAUUAAGUCUAACUUCAUUGACUACUCUGGGUGAUUUUGAGGUGGAUUACCAUGUUUUGUAGGCAUUAUGCAGUUGUAUCAUCACACAAAUCAUAGUGUAUGUACACAGUUAAAGAGUAUUGCAAAGUACUUCAUAUUCUGGACCACACUUUAAGUUUUAUGUUAAUCCUCAAUAACACACAUUGCAUGUUAGUUAAGUGUUUGAAUGGAAACGGCUUUGGUUUUGUUUUCGAACAUUGUGAUGAUGCAGUAGAGAUGUUUAGAGAAAUGUUUACUGUCAGUUUUGAUUGAAAAGGCAAGUUUCUCUCCUGACAGCAAGUGAUUUUGUUCUGAUCUGUGCAGUAAUAAUUUACGAUGUAAGACUUUAAGUGCUCUUUCUUCUUUUGAUUAUAUCU